UUUAAAGUGUGGUUAAGUUUCCAAGAACAGAUCAGUUAGGGAGUGUGUCACAAUUAUAACUUUGGCUUAUGGUUGUAAGCCAGUCACUAUAGAACAACACAUUGUUCGAAAAUUUCACUAUGUUUGUUCAUUUUGUUAUUUUAACUUUGUUGUGGCAAUCACCAACAGUUUCCACCACAAACAUCACCCCCCAGAAAUUGGACUUUUAACUUUAGUGGAAGCCAACAAGAAAUAUCUUCUACACCAAACAACAGAAACACGAUGAAAAUAGAAAUGGUGGUCUAUGAUGCUAAAUGUACAGAUGCUGGCUUCUUUUACUGUAACGCUACAUACAUAAGCUCAGAGGGUCACCUAUUAGCAACAUCUCAGUUUCAAAAUGUAACCAGCAUUACCCGAGCAGUACCACUGUCCCUGGUGUUAGUGCCCCAGUAUGAAGAGGGACUGGGACCAUACAAGUCAGUCAAUCCUGCAUGGUCUAAUGUUACGUUGACAUGUAACGUUAAUGGACCAAAAGUUUUAACCUUCACCUGGAAGUAUGGCCCUUCUAGCCAGGACUUCAACAGCUUCAUGAUAUAUCCUGUACAAAAUGAUAUAUCAGUUGCUGAACCCGUGCUGGUCAGUUCUGGGACAACCUGUGUCCAGUACCGUCAUACGUCAACACUGAAGUUUCAAACAGAAGACAUGUAUGAUGGCUACAUGUAUGUGUGUGUAGCUACAGAAAACAAUGAAGAGACGAUUGUUGGGAAUAUCACCAUACACACACAACGAGUGACACCAACGUGGCAUCCAAAUGGAACAACGACCAUGGGAACACACGUGACAACUCCAAGAUCAGGUGGACAAUCAAUAACUGCUCACAUCAUUGCUGACUUGGCUACAUUGGUUUUUAUUUGUCUCUAUCUUAACACCAUAUAGGUGCCAUUCUUGUUAGGCGUGAUACUUUGUUUUGUUUUGAUUGUAGUAGUUACAAUUUUUUAAACUCGUUAUGUUAAUUAUUCUCUAAAAAAUGUAUAACAAAUGCUGUAAAAACGCUGUUUAUUUCUAUUUGUUUCAAUAUUAAGCUGUUUCUCUUAUGGAUUCUAUUAAUACCGAUGCAUCCUAAAUAUUUUCUUUAUUUCAACCCAUCCUGUUAUGCGAAUGCUUUAAUUUCAAUGCAUUAUUGUUUUGGUUGUACAUUUACAUAUUUUCUCCGUGAAAUUUUGUGAAACUGCUAAAAUUCUUUGUCGGAUGAAAAUUUUUAUUGUUGAAUUUAAAAUUAUGAACAUAAAAUUAUUGGCUUUUCAUUUCCCCUCUGUGGAUUCCGUUUUAUAGAAAAUAAAUGUAUUAUUUUAAGAAUGAUUGAUUAAUUUACCUUUGGCUGUUAUGUGGAGUGCUUAAGUUUAAACAGUAAUUUCAUUUUUAAAAAAAGCUGUUAGAAUAUUCGCAAUCUUAUUACUCGCAAGUUAAUUAGAAGAGGCUUCGAUGAUAGUGUAACUCAAAGAUUGUAUUACAUUUCUGUAUUUAAUAAGAUUAAGUACCUUAAUGUAUAACGAAAUUUGUACUUAAAUAAAUGCAAUAUUUUGUCAUUUUCUGUUUUUGUUUGAAAUAGAAUAAAAUUGGUUUUAAAUUAAUUACUUUAAAAAGUUACCUCCCUUGUAAAGAGACCAAAUGACGUUGCUUUUGUUUACUUUUUGACUCGCUAUUGCUAUGCUUAUAAAAGAAAAUACGGCAUCUGGGCCACAUAAAUUACACAGUUUACAUGGAAACACGACUAAUCAGUUUGGACCGCUUUACAGGUUUUGCCCAAAUGUGGCGUGGUUUUUUUUCUAACAUGCUUAGGUGUUUUUCUACGA